UACCCCCGAUUCAAAACGGCGAUUCACACUUGGGGACCUUCCCUCGUUCGUUAUUAAAAUAGUCUAAAGACUAAGUCGUUUAAGUGAGAUUAUCAAAUUUCAACAUGUUAAGCUAUUACUUCUGAUUUGUAUCUUGAUCUUACUAAUUAAAUAAAUAUGAAUGAUAUAUUUAUCGAUCUCUGAAUAACUCUAAAAAUUCUUUUCUUUUUCAUCUAGAGAAAUAAAACAGAUCAACAUCUAUCUACUGGAUGUCUUCAAUUAUCUGGUUUAGUUAUUCGUGGUCAUGCAAUGCUCUCACAUGAAGGUUUACCACCUGAACGUGAAACACUUGAAUAUGCUUGGCAAAUGGAAAUUAUACUUGGUAAAAUCUCAGCUCGUUUAACAACAAUUCAAUUAGAAAAAACCUUAGGUUUUGUUAAAAAUUUUUAUUUACAAAUAAUGGAAGAUGAAUAUACACUUGGUCGUUCACCAUAUAUUGAUAAAGCAAAAUGGAUUGAAAAACUUAAAUAUGAUGUACUUAGAUUUAGUUUAGAUUCAAUUGAUCUUAAUCUCAUUGAAGUUGGAAAUGCUGUUAAUGUUCAAAUAGCACCUAUUCGUUUAUGUAUGUGUAAUAUGCAUACAUCAUUAUGUAAUGAAAGUUUAACUUUAAAAGUUGGUACAAUACAAAUUCGACAACUACUACGUCUUUAUCCUGAUUCAUGGUUAGAAGCUGGUUCAGUUAGCGUUCCUGAAUUACGUAUUAAUGCAAAAUUUGAAUGUCAUCCACCAACACCUGCUACAAUAAAUGAACAAUUAGAAUUUCUCCGUCGACAUGAUCAACAUUCUCAACGACUACAUUUUCUUUAUAAUCCUAAAUCUCAACAAACAUUAAAUAUUCCAACAAUAUUAACAAAUUUAAAACGUCCAUCUUAUGUUGGCUUAGCAACAAAUUCUAAUAUGUUAUCAUGUGCAUGUCUUGGUGGUUCAACAAAUUAUUAUACACUUGUACAAGGUGAACAAUUUUUUAAAAGUACAUUUCGUCUUAGUGAUCAAUCAUCAUUUGGUCGUUCAUUAUUUCAUCCGGAGUUACAUGUUUUACAUUCACAUUUUAUAUUUGAACAUAAAUAUAAUUGGACUAAUUAUGAACAUGUUAAUCGAUUACAUGAUGAAUUAGAUGAAGAAGAAAUUUUUUAUCCAUUUGAUUUUUGUGGACAACAAAAACAAUCUACUGAACAACAUCAAAAUAUAAAUAUAAAUGAUAAUCUAUUACGACGUAGUGUACCAACAGAUUUAUAUUCAUUAUCACGUGCUACUUCAUUAAGAAAUUUAAAACAUAAAUCAGUUAUUGAACGAAAUGAACAUAAACGUUCAUCAUCAUCAAUACCAUUAAAUAAUAUAAAUAUGGUUUCAUCACCAUCACCACAAACACCAGGAAGUGAUGAUUAUUUAACACCUAAUGAACAUUUAUCAUUAACAAGUGCAAGUCAAACAAGUUUAAGUUCAACUUUAAAUAAUACAAAUAAUAAUAUGGAAUCAUCAUCAAUAUCAUCAUUAACUAUGAUGCAACAACAAUCAUCAACUUUAUCAUCACCCAUGCAUUCAGAUUUAAAUUUAUUUUUAACAUCAAUUGGUAAUAAACAAAAUCUAUCAACAAAUUCAUCAUGUUCAUCAUCAAUUGAUUCAUUAACAGCUCUAGAAGAAAUAUUUCAAAGACAACAAACAAGAAAUAGUACAACUUUUCUACCUCAAAAAGGAACUUCAUCAAACAUGGAAUAUAAUACUGUACCACAACCAUCUCUUCCUAGUUCGUCAUGGAUAAGUUUACGUAAUCAAAUGAAAAUGCCUAUACCAAAAUCGACUCUUUUAUGUACAACAUACAUUCGUUAUUUAUCACAUUAUCGUUCUUCAACAUGGUCCAAUAUCGCUACAUUCCCACCAAAUAUUCAACAAGAUCAAAUUGAUUCUCGUCCAAUACUUGAUUUUAAUUGUGUAUCUCAAGGUUUUUGUUGCUCAUAUUUAUCUGAAAUGUCUCCAUCUUCACAGUCAUUUACUACUCCAUUAUCUCGACAACCACCAUCUCAACAACAACAAUCUCAAUCACAAACAUCAUCAUCAACAACAACAGCAAAUUCUCGACCACGUCUUUCAAUUGCUCAAACAAUGUCACCAGUAAAUGCAUCAAAUGUAAUUGCUACAGAAAGAGAAGUAUGUCUUCGAUUUAUCGGAGCAUUUAAUAUUCUUUUAACACCACUUAUGCUUGAAUGUUUAACAGUAUAUAUUGAAAAAUGGAAAACAUACGAUAUUCAUCCAAUAUCUAUUCUUGAUGGUCUUCACGUUCAAGCACAAACACAAUCAAAUCCGUCUGUAACAUCAGUUGAUUUAUCGGCAACCAGAAUAUCUUUACAAUUACCUAAAAUAAAUGUGUGUUUAUUACAAGCUGGUUUAACUGAAGAUAAUGUUCAAUUAACUGAAUUACGUACACCUGUUGAUAUUGUUACAAUGUCAUUAUUUGCACUUUCAUGUAAACAAAUACAAAUGGAAACAAUUUUAUCUAAUCGUGAUCAAUCAACAGCUGGUGUUUUUAAAAUUCAAUCAAUAACAGGACAAUUUCG